UCGUUACUAAUUUACUGUUGAUAUCCAACAACCCACCCGCACACGCGGUUAUUAUGACUCGGGUGGUCAUGCUCAAGGGGUGCGCCGAUGUGCAUGAGACAUGCAUGUUCAGCUGCGUUUUAAGCAGCACUCUUAAAUGGUCUAGGAAAUUAAAAUCAGGACCGGAGAGCUCGUAAAAUACAAAUGAAGGAGGAUAAGGGCCUGAAAAGUAGAGGUUGGUGGUUGAUGGUUGUGAUGAUAAUACUAAAGGUUGCCGAAUGCAGGCAGCCUGUCCUCCAUAGGAUAGGAGGGGGACGUAACACCUGGGCUCCCCGUAUUAACCUCACGCAAUGGUCCAGUCAAGAACGCUUCUACGUCGGUGAUUGGCUCUAUUUUGGGUUUGACAAGCGUAUCUACAAUGUUCUGGAGGUGAACAGCACAAGCUAUGAGAAUUGCGUCGACAAAGAUUUCAUAUAUAACAUCACGAGAGGCGGCCGGGAUGUGUUCAAUUUGACAGAGGCAAAGACAUAUUUCUUCCUCAGCGGUCGAGGUUACUGUUUUGAGGGUAUGAAAGUUGCAAUCCAUGUUCAAGAAAUCCCACCUGAACAACUUCCUCCAAACUCUGCAAAUGAUUCCCAAUCAUACGUCCACAACCACAUUACCCUACUUGCAAUGCUUGCCAUUGCGGCUUCGGCAUGGACAUUUCCCUACUAGACUUCUACUUAAACGGAAUUCAGAUCACCAAUUUACCGUAGCAAUUCUGCAAUUCAUUACCAUUUCAAAUCCGUUUACUUAUACGACUUGUGGACGUGAAGCCAAAAAAAUAAAAAAGCAAACACCCAAUGAAUACAACUUCACAGUUUCUUCAUCAUGUUCAAACGUAGCCAAUUAGUUUUGCAGGAAUUCAUAGGGUUAAUCGCUAGUUUUAUCAAGACUCUUAAUUACUACACUGUAGUGCUAGGAACCUAACCCUAGCUUCAUUUUGUCACAUUUACUUUCUUUUGUUUGAUAAUAAAACCCAAAUUUAUUUGUCACUUGA